UGUUCUCUCUCUCUCUGAAACCAUUCUGUUCUCUGCUUCUUGUUCAUAAACUUCUCAUGCUUCUUUUGUGGUCUGUAUUUUCACUACUUCUGUGACCAACUUUGAUGUAUUCUAUACCAAAGGAACAUGACUACAUAGGCUUCUCAGAGACUCCUUCAAUGGAAAAUAUCUCUGAAAAGCUUUCCUCUUCCUCUACUUCCUCCUCUACUCUCUCAACUGAAGAGAAAAACAACAGCAGCAACAACAAAAAUAACAAUACUUCUCUCAACUUGAAAGAAACUGAGCUUAGGCUUGGCUUGCCAGGGUCUAAGUCUCCAGAGAGAAAACCAACAGUACCUGCAGCUGGGGUGUCUCUUGUUGGAAAAGAUAUUGACACCAACAACACUAAUGCUUAUUCUCUUAUCCCAGCAAAGAAUCUAGUGUCAGGAGCCAAGAGAGUUUUCUCAGAUGCCAUUGAUGGGUCUACUGGGAAAUGGGUUUUCUCUGGUGGUAAUGGAUCUGAGGUUGAUUUGAGUAAAGGAGCUGUUCUGUUCUCUCCCAGAGGCGAUAAUGGUAACCCCCAGAAAUCUCGGGUAGCAGGACCUGCGAAGAAAGAUGUUGCUCAAUCUCAAAAGCCAGUUCAAGAGAAAAACAGCCAAGUGACUGCUGCAAAUGAGAAUAGCAGUGCUCCUGCUGCAAAGACACAGGUGGUAGGAUGGCCACCAAUUCGCUCAUUCCGGAAGAACACCAUGGCCUCUAGUUUGGUGAAGAACAAUGAAGAUGUCGACGGCAAAUCAGGAUAUGGUUACCUGUAUGUAAAGGUUAGCAUGGAUGGUGCUCCAUACCUUAGGAAGGUUGACCUUAAAACUUACGGCAAUUAUGUGGAGCUCUCAUCUGCUCUUGAGAAAAUGUUUGGCUGCUUCACCAUUGGACAAUGUGGUUCUCAUGGGCUUCCAGCGCGAGAUGGCCUAACUGAGAGUUGUUUGAAGGAUCUACAUGGUUCUGAAUAUGUUCUCACAUAUGAAGACAAGGAUGGUGAUUGGAUGCUGGUUGGUGAUGUUCCUUGGGACAUGUUUACCGACUCAUGCAGGAGAUUGAGGAUCAUGAAAGGUUCAGAAGCAAUUGGACUUGCCCCAAGGGCCAUGGAGAAAUGCAAGAACCGUAAUUAAUGUGAAGUGAUGAAGCUUCGGAAGGAUGUUUUCUAGAUUUUAAGAAAGCCUUAUGGUGUGUUCAGGUGAUGAGCGCUUCGCUCAUGAAGCAUAUGUUUGGAGAGUUUAUAAGAUCGUAGUAUUUAGUGAAUGAAAAAAAAAAUGAGAACUUUUUACUAGAUUGGAUGUCAUUGAGCAUGCAUCCAAGUUAUUUUAAGCUUGUUUAGCUUCCUUGUUUCCUCUUAGCUUUUCUUUUUCCAAGUGUACUUUAAUGUGUAAAUGAAUGGAUUGCUUGUGGGUAACAA